CCACCUUCUUUAUCGCUCUCCAGCAUGGGGAAGUAGCGAUGCUUUCUGCCUCCAACAUGCUUCUUUUCACUUUCGCUUUUAACUCCUUCGCCCCAAACGUUACCGAGCCCGGCCUGGGACAGGGUUAUACUCAGAGAGGAGACCACAAGGAAAUCCCAAGUCUAAAAGUUAGACUGGAAAAUUGAACUAAUCACUAAAGGAAGGAGAAGUUUGGAAUCCUUCAGCAUCCUGGUCACCACAGAAUGGGAAACACAAAUAGUACUAAACUGCCGAUCUCAUCAACAGUCCCUACACCAAAAUCUGUAGGAAGUAUGAUCCAGGACCUUCAGGAAGACAUCAAAUGUUCCAUCUGUUUGGAGUCUUUCAUUAAUCCUGUCUCCAUAGAUUGUGGGCAUAAUUUCUGUCAAGACUGUCUAUUUAUCCACGUAAAUAAUUCUCCACAGUCUGAGUACAAUUGUCCUGAAUGCCGCCAUCUCUGCCGCCCUGAACGCAUGAAACCAGAUGCACGGCUGAAGAGUUUGGUGGAAAAAAUUUCACAGUUUCCUCACCUGGAAGAGGUCAACAAGAAAAUGCCAACAGCUUCAGUGGUAUUGGGGCAGCCAGUUCAGCUGGUAGGUUUGGAUGAAAAUGGAGAUCUUUACUUGGAUGCAGAGGCCCUGAGUAGCUGCUUAGAGCAGGAAGAGGUGAAAGAUACUCCUGUCUGUUUAAUUUCCAUCAUUGGGGAACAGCGGCAGGGUAAAUCCUUCUUGCUCAACUUCCUCCUGCGGAGAUUUAAAAAUCUGGCUGUUACAGAUGACUCUUGGAUGGGUCAAGAAGAUGAGCCAUUGACAGGUUUUGAAUGGCAUCCAGGAACUAAGAGCAUCACAAAAGGGAUCUGGAUGUGGAAUCAGCCAUUUUUGGUCUCUGAUGAAAAUGGAAAGGUAGCUUUGUUCUUGAUUGACACCGAAGGCUCAAUGGAUAUAGAGAGAAGCAAGGACAAUGGUGUCAAGUUUUCAGCUUUCUCUAUGCUGCUUAGCUCCUAUCAGAUUCUCAAUUUAUCCCACAGGCUGAAGGACCCAGACCUGGAAUACAUGGAAAUAUUUUUGUACAUAGCAAAGACUGUGGGCCAUCAAUUCCAGCUGAAGCCUAUUCAGCAUCUUGAUGUCUUGGUUCGUGACUGGUUCUACCCCCCCAUUUAUGGAUUCCAGGGGGGACAAGAUUAUCUCCAGGACACCAUCCAGAAGCUAGAGGGUCAACCCAACCGGCAUCCACGAGCCCUGCAAAUAUUCAAAAGCACUGACACUUCUUGUUACCUGAUGCCCUUCCCUGGAAAGACAUUGGUGAUGGGAAAUGAAGGCACCAUAGCAGGUAUGGAUGAGGAUUUUAGAGAAUUCCUGAAGGAUUAUGGGAAUCAUAUUGCCAGAUCAGCUGGAAUGCAUGUACAGAGAAAUCAGGAGAACAAACCUCUUACUGGGACAGAACUUGCUGAUAAGAUAAAGGAUUUAUCAGAACUCAUGAAACAAUAUCACACUGGUUUUUCCUCACCCAUAGAGAUGGCCUAUACCUUCAACCAGAACAAAAAUAAAAUGUUCCAGAAGAAAUUUAAAAAGUUCAUCCAAAAACAGGAUAAAUUCUCUCGCUCAGUGUUGGCAAGCCUACGAGUGCCCCCAAAUUCGAUGACUAGGCGCUUAAAGGAGAAGCAAGAGAAGCUCCUCCAACAGUUCCGAGAUUCAUUUCAGGGUGAUGAGCCACAUCGGACCGAAUUUUUAUCAUGUCUGGAAUCAUACCUUAAGUGUGAAGCUAAUGAUUUCAUGGAAGAUUACAACCGUCGUUUCAAAUCCAGUGCAAUCAAAGCUGGGGUAGCCAUUGGGGUGGGUGCUGUGGGGUUAGCUGGUGGGGCUGUUGGAGCUGGUAUAGCAGCAGCCUUGUUGGCAGGAGAAGCCAUUGUGCUGGGCACCGGUGCUACUUUUGCGAUUGGGACUGUGGCCGGGGCAAGCACAUUUGGACUUGUGGGAGGAGGAGUGGGAGCUAGUGUGGGAAGCCGCUUAGGGAAUGCUAAGAGCAACGAAGCCAAGAAUGAGGCUAAAGGUGUUAAUGAGAUUGAAGAAGAAGAAGAGGAGGAGAAUGUGUCAGAUGAGAAGAAUCUUAUUAGCUGAUUAGGUGCAUCUUAAGAAUUAGAGCCCCUGUUUCCUUCACCAAAGAACAAAUACCUGUUAUAAAGAUAUAAAUCCCAGGAGUCUAGUCUCAUGUUCACUCCUUUGUCCCAAGAAUUAUGAAGAAUUAGUCACUUCCAUUUUGGGAUAGCUAUAAAAUAGCAUAGUUCCAGCACAAAGAUUUGGACUUGCUAGUGACAAUAAAAGACAAAGGCAAAUGCUUCAUUCAACGGCAAUUAAAAGAAAUAAUUAUUUCCUCUGUAUCUCUCCGUCCCAUUUGGGGGAGGGGAGGCAGGCCCUAAUGAAUUACUACUCUUUCACAGAACCAUGUUUCCCCUGCUCUAGCAUCUAUUUUGAGAUAUAAAAUAAAGGAAAAGCAAAAAUUAUAUCCAUAGCAUUAGCUGUAGACAUGGAGCUACUUAAUGAUAUCCAUUCUGCAUUAGUCUGCUUUGGAUCAAAAUAUAAAAGAAUUUAAAGUGGGCCUUGUUGUCAUCUCAAAAUUUAUCACAGGGUCCUUCACCCUUUGCAGAAAGAUUGUAACACCUCCCAGAUGGAGCUGAAUCAAGUAGCAGGUGCAGUUAAAGGUGCAGUUUAUGUUGUGUCUCAGUUACACCCCUUCCUGAAUAGGGACACCCUUCACUUCAUCAUUCAUGGCCCCCCCCCAUCUCCUGUCUGGAUUAUUGCAAUGCCCUCUACGUGGGGCAACCAUUGAAAAUUCUUCAGAAUCUUCAGCUAUGUGAGUUGCAUUGGGUGUUGGUUUAUUUCCAGAUCCAAUUCAAGGUGCUGGUUAUGACUUUUAAAAUCCUACAAGGCCUAUAAGGCCAGAUUACCUGCGGAACUGACUUUACCCCAUUACAGCAACCUGUCCCACUUGGUAAGGCAGAAAAGGUAAUGCUACAGAACCAUUAGUUAAGAAUUUUGACUGGUGGGCUCAAGGAAGAGCGCAUUCUCUGCCACUGCCCGCACUCUUUGGACAUUUUCUCCCCAGAGGUGAGGCAGCCCCCCCUCUCCUGGCCUUUCAUAAAUGCUUGAAGACCUGGUUGUGUUGACCUGGUUGGGGCCCACAGAAGAGCACAUAGCCAUGGGGCCAGCUAGUGCACCAAAGACUCUUCUUGCCUUUUUAAUCUUGAACUUAAACUUUUAAGUUUAACAGAAUUUUCCUGCUUUUAAUCCUUUUUAUUAUAAUAUAGUUUUUAUGAUUUUAUAUCUAUUUAUACACUGCCCAGAGGCCCUCUAUGAGAGAGAUGGGUUGUUUGCAAAUAUGAUAUAUAAAUAAAUUCAAGGUUCUGAUGGUCACCUUAAAGGCAGCACAUGGCUCAGCAGGGGGCUGAGAUCAAGUCAACUCUGCUAGUCCAGAGAGAACAGGGAGACAAGGCAUGUUAAAGGUCCUUGUACUAAGAGAAUAUCAUGUCAUGAAUCCUAAGCCUUCUCAAUGGUAACAACCUCUUUUGCAAAUACCUUCUCCAAGACAUACCUUUCCAAUAAAUUUUCUGGGAACUUUAAAGAUUUAUCGAAUGUAUUUGGGAGACAGAUGAAAUGCUGGGUUCUGAGGAUCAUAGGAUGUCCUUUGUGAUUACAUGUUUUUAAAUUGUACUGCUAUAAUAGAUAGUUGAUGAUGAUGGUGACUGAUAAUAGAUAACAAACUAAACAUUUUUCCAAUAACAUAACAAUAUUAACAGCUGCACAUUUACCCAAAAAGCUCCUUGCUGAGCUUAUGAUAUACUGCAUCAUAUAACAUUACCAGAAUAAUAAAAAAAACUUCUAAUGUUUUAAUGUUGGUGUUUUAUAUUUAUAAAAACUUGUUUUUAUAUUUAUAUUGAUUUCAUAUACUUAUUCUAUACCAUCCAGAUCAUUUUGCAUUAGAUAGACAGCUAUAUACAUUUGUUUAAUAAAUAAAUCCUAGGUCUCUGAUUGGAACUGGAAUCAGUCAAA